GGUGGGGUCACAAAAAAUGUAAAAUUGUUUUCAUCUUUGGAUUAUUCAUUUUUCAAUUAUCUUCAACACUUUCUUACUUUCCUCAUCCAUCAAACCCUAGCCCUAAUCCUCUCAUUCUUUCUCAAACUCACUCGCAAUUUGAGCCAUGAAUCCAUCAUCGUGAGGCAUAGAAUGAUCGACUUCGUUUUCGGCGCUGUGAAUCGAUUGCAUGGGUUUGGAGAAUGCCGGAGCUUCGUAGUGGACCGCGACGACGUCGUGCUCCGGUAGGUCGUAGAAGCUCCGAACCACCGUCUCCGGCGGGAAAAUACGUCAAGACUCGUGCUGCAGUCGCCAGGGAGGCAGCGGCGGCGGCAGAGAGGCCGAGGACUCGGUUGGCAACGAAGAAAUUGGAACAGGAAAAGCCGGUGAUCGUGAUAUCGGAGCCUGACAGCCACACGAAGAAGGAUAAGGAAGAAAUUGAAGGCGCGAUGGGCGAUGAUAGUGGCGGUUUGAGUGCUAACAAAGGCGUUGCUCAAGAAGAUGAUACCAACGCUGCUCCUUUUCCCGAGAGGGUUCAAGUAGGAGGAUCACCUGUGUACAAAGUGGAGAGAAAGCUGGGUAAAGGUGGGUUUGGACAGGUUUUUGUUGGCCGUCGAGUUACCGGUGGUAAUGACCGUGCUUCUGGUCCUGGCGCCACUGAGGUGGCUCUGAAAUUUGAACAUAGAAACAGUAAAGGCUGUAACUAUGGCCCUCCUUAUGAGUGGCAAGUGUACAACACCCUUGGUGGCAGUCAUGGAAUACCUAAAGUACAUUAUAAAGGGAGACAAGGAGAAUAUUACGUAAUGGUUAUGGACAUGCUUGGUCCAAGCUUGUGGGACGUAUGGAAUUCCUCCAGCCAGGCGAUGUCUGCGGAAAUGGUUGCAUGUAUUGCUGUUGAGUCCCUGUCAAUCCUGGAGAAGAUGCACUCAAGAGGAUAUGUGCAUGGAGAUGUAAAACCAGAGAACUUUUUAUUAGGUCAGCCAGCGACACCACAAGAGAAGAAAUUGUUUCUUGUAGACCUUGGAUUAGCAACAAAGUGGAGAGACAGCUCCAGUGGGCAGCAUGUGGAUUAUGAUCAACGCCCUGAUAUGUUUAGAGGGACUGUUCGAUAUGCCAGUGUUCAUGCACAUUUGGGAAGAACUGCUAGUAGAAGGGAUGAUCUUGAAUCUCUUGCGUAUACACUCAUCUUCCUUCAUAAAGGCCGGUUACCUUGGCAAGGUUAUCAGGGUGAUAACAAAUCCUUUCUUGUUUGCAAAAAGAAGAUGGGAACAUCCCCUGAAAUGCUAUGCUGUUUCUGUCCUCCUCCUUUUAGACAUUUCCUUGAGAUUGUAGUGAACAUGAAAUUCGAUGAAGAACCUAAUUAUUCGAAGCUAAUAUCUUUGUUUGAUGGUAUGCUUGGACCGAAUCCUGCAUUGCGGCCAAUUAAUACUGAAGGUGCUCAAAAGGUUGGGCAAAAGAGGGGUAGAUUGAACAUUGAGGAAGAGGAUGAUUCACAGCCCAAAAAGAAGGUUCGUUUGGGGGUUCCUGCUACACAAUGGAUUUCAGUUUAUAAUGCAAGACUACCAAUGAAGCAAAGGUAUCAUUACAAUGUAGCGGAUACAAGAUUAGCACAGCAUGUGGAGAGAGGGAUUGCAGAUGGCCUUCUUAUUAGUUGUGUGGCUUCUUGUUCCAAUCUGUGGGCACUUAUUAUGGAUGCUGGAACUGGUUUUACAACUCAAGUUUAUAAGUUGUCACCAUUUUUCUUACACAAGGAAUGGAUUAUGGAGCAGUGGGAGAAGAACUAUUACAUAACUUCUAUUGCUGGAGCUAAUAAUGGAAGCUCUCUUGUGGUGAUGUCAAAAGGCACACAGUAUACGCAACAAUCAUACAAAGUAAGUGAUUCAUUCCCCUUCAAAUGGAUAAACAAGAAGUGGAGAGAAGGGUUUCAUGUGACCUCAAUGGCCACUGCUGGAAGUCGCUGGGGUGUUGUUAUGUCUCGAAAUGCUGGAUUCAGUGAUCAGGUUGUUGAACUAGAUUUUCUCUAUCCUAGUGAGGGAAUCCACAGACGUUGGGAUAAUGGGUACAGGAUUACAGCAACUGCUGCUACAUGGGAUCAAUCUGCUCUUAUAUUAAGCAUUCCAAGGCGCAGGCCAGGAGAUGAAACCCAGGAAACUCUGCGUACGUCUCAAUUUCCUAGCACACAUGUUAAGGAAAAAUGGUCAAAAAACCUUUAUCUUGCUUGUUUGUGCUAUGGGCGCACAGUAUGCUGAUUUCCUUUAGAGGUCAAAGUAUUUUGUUGACUGUGAAAUUAUAUAUUUUUCAAUUGCGUUAAUUAUAUAUAACUUGCUCUUUGUUUAAAGCUAGUUGUGUAAGCAGGGAAUUGUAUCUUUGCCAGUAAUAUAGUUGUAUUUCCCCCCUCCCAAUCCAUUACAAGUUCUUUGGUUGGGGGAUGUGGCUGUUGAUGUAUACAGCUUAGCUUUAUAUGUUCCUCCAAUAUGUAUAUGUAGGUUCUAUCAAAAUUUUUGUAUGAUUUUGAAGAUUGUUUCCCUGACGAGUCUAAUAAAAAAAAAAACUUGUAUGGAUAUCUUUCAUUGUGAAUAAAGGGUCUAAUAUUAACU